AUGACCAGCGUCAUUGGACACUUGACAAGCCUGGACUUUGAGUCGCAUUACAAAAGCUGGCUGUCUUGUCCGCCUGGUGCGCUGUUCGAGGCUCCAGUGCAUGAAUCCAUAGAUUCAGACAAAACCGCCAUUGCAGAGAAUAUCCGAGAACAGGCCAAGUACUGCAAGGCCUUAUUUAUCUGGACUGACUGUGACCGAGAAGGCGAGCACAUUGGCACCGAGGUCCGCUCCCAGGCAAAAGAAGGGAAUCCGCGGAUUAUCGUGAAGCGCGCCAGGUUCAGCAACACAGAAAAGGCCCAUGUCCUCACGGCCGCUCGGGGACUUAUUGAACUGGAUGAUCUCCAGGCCAAUGCAGUAGCUGCUCGGAUCGAACUCGACCUGCGAAUUGGCGCUGCAUUUACUCGCUUGCAGACCCUUCAACUAAAGCAUCUGUCAGCGGCACUGGCUGAUACUUUAAUCAGCUAUGGGUCCUGUCAAUUUCCAACUUUGGGCUUCGUAGUGGACCGCUACUUGCGCGUUAAAAACUUCAAGCCAGAGACUUUCUGGGGCAUCAAGGUCAUGCAUCAGCGGGAUGGCAUCAAAGUCAACUUCUUGUGGAAACGGGUCCAUCUCUUUGACCGGGCCGCUGUGACGGUUAUGAUGGAGCGGUGUCUUUUGGCAAAGAAAGCCAAAGUCACCAAAGUUAAUCAGAAGCCGACCAGCAAGUGGAGGCCUUUGCCGUUGACAACGGUGGAUCUACAGAUGAUGGGAAGCAGAUACCUCCGUUUGGACAGUCAAAAGAUUAUGAAGGUACCAUUAAGAAAUCUCAUUUUAUGCUACCUUGCUGAUCCCUGUUCAUUCCAGGUUGCAGAGGCACUAUAUACAAAAGGGUUUAUCAGCUACCCCCGUACGGAGACGGAUCAAUUCGAUAAAGGAAUAGAUUUGAAGAAGCUGGUCGAAAAACAGUUGCCCGAUAGUAACUGGGGGCAAUACGCACGAGGCCUUCUUGAUGGCGGCUUCAGGACUCCCCGGGCCGGACGUCACAAUGACCGCGCACACCCGCCUAUACACCCAAUUUGCUGGGUUUCGCCAAGUACAUUGUCAGCAGACGAGAAAAAGGUCUAUGAGUUCGUCGUUCGGCGGUUCCUCGCUUGUUGUUCCGAAGACGCAAAAGGCCAGUCCACAGAGGUUGAGAUCGAAUAUGGCGAUGAGAUGUUCCACGCCAAGGGUUUGAUCGUUCUGGAAAGGAACUACCUCGAUGUAUAUGUGUACGACAAGUGGGAGAGCAGCCAAACAUUACCCCCAUUCCAAAUGGGAGAGACCUUCGAGCCAACCGAAGCCAAGAUCUUUGACGGCAAAACCACUCCUCCGAAUUACCUCACAGAGCCUGAACUCAUUGGAUUGAUGGACGCCAAUGGAAUCGGAACGGACGCCACCAUGGCAGAGCAUAUUGCAAAGGUGAAGACGCGCCAGUACGUCGCUGUCCAUUCGCGUGGAAGCGGCCGCAACGCAGUCAAGGAGCUCAUUCCUACCAGAUUGGGCAUUGCACUGGUGGAGGGCUAUGACAACGUGGUGGCCGGCUUAUCCGACAGCAUAUCUCUCAGCAAGCCUUUUCUUCGGAAGGAGAUGGAAGCUCGUAUGCGUGAGAUCUGUGCGGGCUCUAAGACGCGCCAGCAGGUUGUACAUGAGAGCUUGGAAAAAUAUCGCGAGGUUUUUAUACAUACCCAAAGACGCAUCAACAUCCUAAAGGAGGCGUGUCGCAAAUAUCUUAAUGACAAUGCAGCCUGA